GUCACGUGCCCGCAGCGCCGCGUCAUACCCGGAAGCGGCGGCCGGAGCGGGGCCGGCGGCGAUGAGCGGGGAACCGGGGCCGACGUCCGCAGCGCCCCCUCCCGGGGAGGUGGAACCGGGCAGUGGGGUUCGCAUCGUGGUGGAGUACUGUGAGCCGUGCGGCUUCGAGGCGACCUACCUGGAGCUGGCCAAUGCCGUGAAGGAGGAGUAUCCGGGCAUCGAGAUCGAGUCGCGCCUUGGGGGGACAGGGGCCUUUGAGAUCGAAAUCAAUGGCCAGCUGGUAUUCUCCAAGCUAGAGAAUGGGGGCUUUCCUUAUGAGAAAGACCUCAUUGAGGCCAUCCGAAGAGCCAGUAACGGAGAACCUCUCGAAAAGAUCACCAACAGCCGACCACCGUGCGUCAUCCUGUGACCCCACACAAUUCCGAGCUCCUGCUCCGCUCUGAGGUCGCAGCCAGGGUCUCCUGUUCCGGCCUGCUGGAAGCAUCCCCACUCUUUCCCUUCACUUUGCUCCAGAUAGCUAAGUGAUGCUGACUUCCACUUUGCCCCUUUGGAGACCAGGAGGGAAUCAAGGCAUCAAACACAAAGGGACGCCCUGCAGGGCCAUCUGCACAGCCACCUGAUGGCCUCCUCCCAGGCCCAGAGCCCAGCCCCUCCCCAGCCUGGCAGUACCUGUUGGAUGCCACAGUAGAGCUAAGUUAUUUGCCCUAAGACCCAGGAAACGUCAGCUACUGGCAAUAAAGAGGCACUAAAGCCCUGUGCUGGC